AGAAAAAGCUGCUGUUUACUGGAACAUCUCAAUGGAUGUGAAACAGGAGAGCUGUGAUGUGGACGCAAAUAUCGUGGAGAAAACUGUAAAUAUUAAGGAGGAGGAUUUUGAGUGUGAGUCCAUCUACCUUAAACAGGAAAGUCUGAGCAUCAAUGAUGAGAACAGCGAACUGCAGUCAAUGAACAUUAAAGUAGAACCAGAAGAGACGUCUGUCAGUAUUGAGACGCACAACUAUACAAAUCUGGACAGUGCAAAAGAAGACAACCUUCAUGAUGGGUGUCAAGAUGGAGUGGUGACCAGGUUAGACACUUCUCAAAGCAGACACUGUUCAUCUCCAGAGCCUUCUACCAAUGUGGAGUCUGAAUCCUUAGAGUCUGAACCAAACAGGGCUGAGGAAACUACAUCUGUUAGGACUCAGAAAAAUAAGCGGCCAGCUACAAAGAAGUCUGGAAAAAGAAAGAAAGAUCACCGCAGUGUGGAAUGUGGCAGAGAAUUCUCUAACAGGAGCGCUCUUCAGAAACACACGAGAGUUCACACCGGAGGGAAGACAUAUUGCUGUAAUGAAUGUGGUAAACAGUUUUCAAAGAUGAGCAGUCUUCAGAUACACACUAGAGUUCACACCAGAGAGAAGCCAUAUUGCUGUAAUGAAUGUGGUAAACUGUUUUCACAAAAAGGCCAUCUUCGUAGCCACACUAGAGUUCACACCGGAGAGAAGCCAUAUUGCUGUAAUGAAUGUGGUAAAAAGUUUUCAGAGAUGUGCACUCUUCAGAGCCACACAAGAGUUCACACCGGAGAGAAGCCAUAUUGCUGUAAUGAAUGUGGUAAACUGUUUUCACAUAAAAGCAGUCUUCGUAGCCACACUAGAGUUCACACCGGAGAGAAGCCAUAUUGCUGUAAUGAAUGUGGUAAAAAGUUUUCAGAGAUGUGCACUCUUCAGAGCCACACAAGAGUUCACACCGGAGAGAAGCCAUAUUGCUGUAAUGAAUGUGGUAAACUGUUUUCACAUAAAAGCAGUCUUCGUAGCCACACUAGAGUUCACACCGGAGAGAAGCCAUAUUGCUGUAAUGAAUGUGGUAAACUGUUUUCACAUAAAGGCAGUCUUCUUUUACACACAAGAGUUCACACCGGAGAGAAGCCGUAUUUCUGUAAUGAAUGUGGUAAACUGUUUUCACAUAAAGGCAGUCUUCAGAAACACACUAAAGUUCACACCAGAAUAUAAACAGUAGCAGUUCAAUAAUCAGUCCAGAAAAACAAGCACCCUUCAGGACUCAAGAGUGAGGUUCAGUCCUGUCCUGAAAAGUCAGCAAACUAAACUAUUGUUGAGAAAUUAAUCUCGUCGAGAAGCCAUUUUGCUGUUUGGAAUGUGGCAAACAAAUCUGUCUGAGGAGUUCUCUUCAGAGACGCACCAGAGUUCACACCGGAGAGACGCACAACUGAACUGUCCUGACUAAAGAGUGAGGUUCACUCCUGCCUAGACAGUAAGCACAUGUGACCCACUGGAAUCCAUCCUGCUCCGUGUUGUGUCAGAAACAAGUCAACACAGAGGAGAAUCAGAUGUUUAUUUCCUUUUUCCUUUUCCAGAAUCAAAAUAAAGAACAGGGCGUCAUACAGAGAGCUUCUCACCAAAGCCCUACAGCCUCCACCGUGCGCCCAGCUCUGCUUUCAUAACAUACGUAUUACAUACUGAACUAUUUACAAUAUAUUAUACACAUUUCAUCAGAACAGAACUCUUUACA